AUGAUCCUGUUGCGGAUCCUGAGAAUCCUCCUCCCCGACUUCCGUAACUUCCACCACGUCCACCACGACCUCCUCCUCGUCCAAAUCCAGUGUCCGUGUGCACUUUGUGGACAUCUGAAUGAAAACAAUGUUUGGAUGAACGCUCCAAGUUUCUCAAGAUCUUCUCGUGGAGUCCCGAAUUCGCCCAAGAUGUUAGACGUGUGUCAAUAUCCGAGUUGCGAAUUUCUACCGCUUGAUCUUGGGACACUUGGCAUUCCUCGACCUUCUGAGCAGUAUCGUCCAUCAUUUCCUCGACAUCACGUUUCAUUGGAACCCAAUCACGAGGUGCUCGCUCGGGCUCCUUGUUCUCAGUUCCAUUAUCAUGGCUUCCAUAACUUCCUUGGUGAUUCUGAGAAUAUGGUCUUGGUUGCUCUCUCUCGUUCCGUGGUCCAGAAUUGUAUUGGUCAGCUGGAUGACGAUCAUUGUGACCACGAUCAGCAGAACGACUAUCAUCAUAACCACGAUCAGCUGGACGACGUUCUUCUUGACGGUAACCAGAGUGGCCACCUCCUUGACCCAUAUCUCGUGGAGCCCCGUUUCAUCCAUUUGCCAUUUCUCACACCAAAUCCGAAAUUCAAUAUAGAAAAACUAAGAUACACUGUGCUUCAAUCAAGAUUCGCAGUUCGCGUAAGUGAGGACAACUACCGGUACAUUCACGUAAUUUCGAUCGAUUUUGUGGAAGAGUUUUCGGAUCAAGGAAAAAACUCAUAUUGGUUCAGAAUAGGCGAUAUCAAUAUCAAAGCAAAAUACUCGCGCGACCCAGAAGGAAAGUGUAAACUAGAAGUUUGUAGACCAUGUCGGAAAACUUUACAAAGGAUGUUUCAACAGGAAUUUGAACGAUUAUUUAGACGUUCGCCAGUGUUCACAAUCCAUACAUAUGCUCAUCAAACUUUGGAUGCAAGUAUUUCGAAAUGUGAAGACAUCCGGUUGAACGGCGAUGUAGACAAGGCGGAGCUUAUAGAAAGCAUUUUAUCAAAGUUUACGGGUGUGAAAAAUAUAUGUUUAUGCUCUACGGUUUCUGAUCCAUUUACUAGUAACUCAACAAUAUUUAAUGUCGAAACUCUGAUUGUCACCAAAUGUGAACCAGUUAUGAUAAACGCUCUUCUCAGUGAAUUUACUGGUCGCCAUUUGGUUUUAGGUGGAGCAGAAUUUGAUCUAUCUAAGAUUGAGAGUUUUUUGAUACGAUGGAUGUCGAAUGAAGCUUUUCACAAUUUGGAGACAAUUGAGAUCUAUGCGAGAUCUGCAUUCUUUGACUUCGAUAGAAUUCUUGAUAAUAUUCAUACACAGCCAUUCGAUCCUUCUAAAAGACCAGCAGUGUACAGUAAUAGCUCUCGUUGGUUUAUGUAUUACGAUAACAAAGAUUUCAAUUGUUCGGAGUGGGUUGACAUUGAACGGCAUGGAGACAAAAAACUGGCUUCUAUUCAAGUAUCUUUUCACGAAAUUCGUUUUGUUGUAUGGAAUUAA